ACUACUAUUUCUUCGAUAUUAUGUCAGGGUCUCCUAUCCCCCGUUCUUCAUCAGAGACGCAUAAAUUUGUUCCCCCGCUGUUAUUGGCCUCGUGGCUCAGGCCUAGAACAAAACUACCACAGGGGCUGGGCAAUGUCAUGUAGCGUUGUGUGGCCGCAUAGUCCUUGGUAAGGAGCAAUUUACAUAGGCAGAUUUUUGUUGGCUGGACUCCGACCUCAGUAUUCUUGGUCUUUCAGAUUAUAGACCAGGUGGCGGACGUUGCAGAAACGCAACUUUUUGUCUUUGACACUCAUAUGAACAUACAUCUCCCUUUCGGCAUCUUCGUAUCUGCCGGCUGUUCUUCCGUCUUGGCCCUUCACAUCAGACACUUCUCUUCUCCCUUUUCUGUCUGUGUCUCUGAUGCAACUUCUCGGAUAAGAAAGUGUUCUUCACCUUACACCUUUACUUCUUCUACGUUCCAUUGUCUACGAGUCUGAGAAUUCUCAUUGCCUGUUACACUCAUCCAACUGUUCCUGACACUCGACAUAAUCCCAUCCAGCACGAACAGUUGAGUCGAGAAGGAAAAUAUGGCAGACACGGCAAGGGAGGCUGGAUCUUCCCCAGGCACUGCUUCCCAGAAUGACCAGCACCCGGAGAAGGGCACGGUUCAAUCAUCACAGACUGCGGCUUCCGAUACCUCGUCCUCACGGAGCGAACCUAGGCCGCACCUUCACGCAAAGACCUUUUUGGCCGUCUUUGCCAUCUGUGUUAUCUACUUUGUUCAGAUUUACAAUGUCGUCGGGAGUGGAGCUCAAACGAACACUAUCGCCAUCACACUCGGAAAUGGAAGCACGGCUGACGGAGUAUGGCUCUCGUCGUCGAUUGCCAUUGGCACGGCCGUGCUGAGUCCCAUCUUCUCCCAGGCGGCUGACUACUGGGGUCGUCGCUGGUUCCUGGUUCUUUCUACCUUUAUUGGUGCCGUUGGUUCCAUCAUCGUGGCCCGGGCCACCUCGAUGAACAUGGCCAUUGCCGGCUUUGCCAUUACUUCCAUCAGCUACGGCGCUCAGCCCCUUCUGCACGCCGUUUCCUCCGAGGUCCUUCCGCGCCGCUACCGCUCAUGGGGCCAAGCCGCUGACCUCAUCGCCAACGGCCUCGGUGGUAUCACUGCCCUGCUUUGCUCCGGCGCUUUCUCCCGUACUUCCAACGUCCCCUCCGAAGGCUUCCGGAAGUUCUGGUACCUCGGCACCGGUCUCUUCGUCCUCGCCACCAUUCUGUGCUUCGUCUUCUACAACCCUCCUCAAACCGAGCGAGAGCGAUCCUUUUCCUUCUCCGAGAAGCUCGGCAAGCUCGACUGGGUCGGCUACUUCCUCCUCACCUCGGGCAUUGUCCUCUUCUGCAUUGGCCUCUCCUGGUCCGAGAACCCGUUCCCAUGGUCGAACGCGCACGUGUCCGCCACCUUUGGCGUCGGCAUGGCUCUCAUCAUUGCCCUGGCCGUCUACGAGACCCUUUUCAAAAAGGACGGCAUGUUCCACCACGGCCUGUUCAAAAGCCGCAACUUCCCCAUUGCGCUCGUCUGCCUCUUUUGCGAGGGUCUCGCCUUCUUCAGCGCCAACAACUACUUUGCCUUCCAAGUCGGCAUCCUCUACGAGACGGACGCCCUGCUCGUUGCCACCCGCUACUCCAUCGCCAUCAUCGUCUCCAUCUUCUCCGCCGCCGCCGCGGGCAUGUACUGCGCCCAUUACAAGCGCGUGCGCUGGAUCACGGUCGCGUCUUUUUGCGUCUUUACCGCCUUUUUUGCUUGCAUGGCCACUAGUGGUGUGGGUUUCGACACCGAGGUCUGGGGAUACCCCGUCCUUCUCGGUACCGCCCUCGGCAUGUCCCUCUGCGUUCUCGUCACCAUUGCACAGCUGUCCACCCCGCCCGAACUCAUCGCGAUCGCCACGGGCCUGGUCAUCGGUCUCCGCUCGCUCGGCGGGUCUGUUGGUCUGGCUAUCUACAAUGCCCUGCUCAAUGGCGCGUUGAAUCACUUGGGGGAUAACAUUGCGAAAGCCGUGCUGCCCCUUGGCUUGCCGCCGCAGUCGGUGGGACCGUUGAUCGGUGCCCUGGCGGAUCAUCAUGAGGAGCUGAUUCCCAAGAUUGAGGGCGUGACGCCGCAGAUCAUCGAGGCGGGCGUGUCCGCGCUCAAGGAGACGUUCGCGAUGGGGUUCAGAAGGGUGUGGACGGCGGCGAGCUGCUUUGUGGCGGUGGCGGCUAUCGCGGCGUGUUUCCUAAAGGAGGAGGGCAAGGAGUUUACGAUGCGGAUUGAUAAUCCGAUUGAGAAGGAGGAGGAGUUGUAUUCUGAUGUGGAGAGGGCGCACCACGCUUAGGUCAUGAUCAUGAAUUGAAGGAUUUACGGGGUGGUGGCAUGGAUGCUGCCUACCUACCUACCUACCUACCUACCUCUACCUCUAGGUACCUCUACGUACAUCACGAGUGACGGGGAUGAGUUGACAAGGUGGUGUUUCUGUUGCUUGGGUGUUCAAAAAAAAAAACCUAAGACAUGUGGACAUGACGAAAAAGCUUCUAGAGAUCUUUGGGAUACCCCUUUUUUUGUCGAUCGUUUACAGUCCAUGCAAAGAACUGUUUCGCAAGCGAUUGUUUCUUUCUUUCUUU